GAUGUACUUGCACCGGCUGGCAGUACGUUCAGAAGGAUCCACCAGGUCCCAACGUUCAAAUUCUCGGCGCAUACGGCCAAGUCAUGCCAGGUUUCACCCAAGCCAACCCUCGCGGUUGGUGCUGGCAAGACGACGCCAUUCUUCCUGAUGAGUUUGCGGAAGCGCUGGACGCGCUCACAACGGGUACCGACACGUUUCGCGUCAACGCGCUUUACACUCAAAUGUAUUGCGAUGGGCAACAGCCCGGCCUGAAAAAAGCCCAAUGCAUCGCAUUGAUGUUUUCAGACUUUUAUGAUGCACUGGUGGCCGAAGGCCUGUUCAGCCCGUGCGUGUGGCCCACCAACAACUUUGUUCCGGUCGACUGCCUGUGCAACUUUUCCUGCACCGACGGAUAUGUAGCCUGCGGUCGACAAUGUAUCGACCCCACGAUUGAGCAGUGCGUCUCCAAUUUCCCCCAACCCAAAAGGCGAUCCCUCUCCACCAAAUGCCCGCGCGGAUACGACAAGUGUGCGCUCCCAACUGGAGGAUUCGACUGUGUUGACGUCGACAACGACCUCGAGUCUUGUGGCGGCUGUCCCAGCUAUGGAGAUGACGAAGACUCGGUGAAUGCUCGUGGGGUGGACUGCAGCGUCCUGCCUGGCGUCGCAUCAGUUGCCUGUGUCAAGGGCGAAUGCCGCGUCGGGAGCUGCCUCCGCAAGCAUCGACUAGUGCACAAUGCGUGUCUCCCAGUGUAG